AAAAGAAAAUAAGGUCUGAUCAAGAAGGAAUUAAACUUUGCUACAAAGACAAGACAGGUUAGAGUUAAUUCUUUAAAAAAACAGCCAACCACAUUCCUAUGAAAAGAUCAGUUUGUACAGUUUAGGAGCACAUUUAACAAAGGCGGCGUUUGUUUGAACUUCUCAGCACCUCCCACCCCCAGGUUGUCACCUACUUUAAAUAAACUCAAGUCUGUCAGUUUUCAAGAAUUUUAAUUCUAUUCUUUAGUGACACACAACUUGUUAUUUUCCCCACUUCAAAAGACCCAUGUCAGGAGUGUAACCUGAGCAGUGGCCGAGGCGUUGGCCACAGAGUGGCACUAAAGGGUUUUGAUACCACUUGGCAUGAUGCUGAACGACAGCCCUCGGCCAUUGUCAGAGGGGCUGCUAUUCACAGAGAAGAAAAUGAGGAAAUGCUGCCAUUAUAAUCAGGACCAAAGGGCCCUGUGGCAGCCUGACACCCGAUCUGCUCAUUGGUCUGCCCUCCUUUUGUGCCAGUAUUUCAUAUCUGACAUAUUCAUGCAGCCGGAAAUUUGGAGCAGCAAUGGCCCUGCGGCCGGUGGUGGGUGCUCUCAGACAUGGGGAACAAACAGACCAUCUUCACAACACAGCAGCUGGACGCCUAUCAGGACUGUACCUACUUCACACGAAAGGAAAUUCUCAGACUGUUCUACCGCUAUCGGGAUUUGGCUCCACAGCUUGUUCCCCUUGACUACACCAGCCACCCAGAUGUGAAGCUACCAUAUGAGCUGAUUGGCAGCAUGCCUGAGCUGAAGGACAACCCGUUUCGUCAGAGGAUCGCUGAAGUUUUUUCCGAGGACGGAGAAGGAAACAUGACCCUGGACGACUUUUUGGACAUGUUUUCUGUCCUCAGUGAGAUGGCACCACGUGACCUCAAGGCCUACUAUGCUUUCAAGAUUUAUGACUUCAACAAUGACGACUUUAUCUGCAAGUCAGACUUGGAGAAGACACUGAACAAACUCACUCGCAACGAGCUGACGGAGGACGAGGUGAGAAUGGUUUGUGAGAAGGUGAUCGACGAGGCCGACCUGGACAACGACGGACGACUGUCGCUGGAGGACUUCCAGCACAUGAUCGUCCGGGCUCCUGACUUCCUGAGGUACGUUGGUGUCCAGAGGCGGUGGCAUAAAACUGUCCUUAAAGACGUACAACAGGAGUCACAUGGGUAG